AUUAUGUGGCCCUGGUACAUGCAACCGCUGUUCAUGUCUAACUACACGCGCUAUUUUGUUUUGUAUACAUAAAAAUGGAAUGCAUUAGUUGUGCGACUAUAACAAAUAAAUACAAAUGCAGCAAGUGCUUAGCGCCCUAUUGCUCCGUCAAUUGCUACAAAAAACACAAAGAGCUGCCAGAAUGUGCGGAGAGAUCAGCAGCCAAACAAAAAACGCAGCCAGCGAAAGAUGUUCAGGAAGAGGAACCCACAAUAUAUCCACCAUUUAGCACAGACGAUACUGUACCCAUUACUCUACUGCAGCAACUAAGCCACUCCGAACCGUUGCGACAACUUCUCCAUAAUCCACAUUUGCGUGCUUUACUCAGAGAAAUCGAUGUGGCGCAUAAUGCAAAUCUCGCCAUGGCAGCUGCUAUGCAGGAACCACUCUUUGUAGAAUUUGCCAAUGCCUGUUUGCAGGUGGUAGAGCCCAUGACGGACGCGGAAAAAGAGGACCUCAAAUUAUGCAGCUGAUAUCUAAAGACUUAAACUUAAUUAGUGUAAAAUAUUAUUACAAAUAUAUUGUCAAUCUUUAAAUAAGUUUAUUAUAUAGUUAA